GCCUCCUGCGGGCACCACAUUCACUCUCGCCCAUCGCCAGCUUAUCAUCCGAGCCUCCCGAUAAAGACGUCGUCGAGUAAUCUGUCGAGCUCGCCAUCAUCACCACAAAUCGCAAAGUGCACGUCCGGGAUCUAGCCGAGGCGUAUUAUCAGUAUCAUUGCUGAUCCGCCCGCUGACUUUACGUAAGAACCUAACCGCCACACAGAAUUACUUCUCAGCCUUGCUCCAUGGGUUCCACCAGGGCUCCUGCUCUCUCUCGGGCAUCUCUCGCCGAAGAGAGCCCGCAGCACCACUCGGCGCCGGCCGCUCUGCGACACCUCGAGUCCCUCUAUGCCCAGCCGCUGCGCUCUCUCCUGUCGCGGACACGGCCCGCAUACCCCCCGAUCUCGUCGAUCCCGCACACGUCGGCCGCGCGUCUCGCCCAGCCUGACGCCUCGCCCUCGCCCUUUCCUACCGAGCCCAUCAUCACCACCACUACCUCCCCCGCAUCCUCCGAGCAGCAGCAACAACAACAGAAACGAGAUGGCAAUGGCAAUGGGACGACCGCCGCGGCCGCCGCCCCGUCGAGCGUGCUCUACCUCGCUUACGGGUCCAACAUGUGCGCAUCGACGUUCCUCGGCAUGCGCGGCAUCCGGCCGCUGAGCCAGGUCAACGUGUCCGCGCCAUCGCUACGCCUGACCUUCGACCUACCGGGCUUGCCGUACCAGGAGCCGUGCUUCGCGAACACGGCGCUGCGCAAGAUCCCGGGGCAGCCACCGCUACCUUCCCCGCCGAAACUCCCGCCUGGCGUCCCCGACAUCCCGCCAGCGCCCGAGUGGCCCCCUUCCCAGUCUCAGCAGUGGGACAGCGGGCUGGUCGGCGUCGUGUACGAGGUGACGGCCGACGACUACCGCACGAUCUUGGCCACCGAGGGCGGCGGCGCCAGCUACCACGAGAUCGUCGUGCCGUGCUUCGCGCUGCCGGCCGCCAUCGGCGUGCCCGAGAAGCCGCCGGCGCCGCCCGUGCCCGUCCCAUUCCUCGCCCGCACCCUGUUCGCGCCGCGCCUGCCCGACGUGCCUGACGAGAACGACAACAACAGCCGACGCUCGAACGACGGGGAUGACGACGGUGACGAUGACGACGGUGACGAUGACGACAAGCUACCCAAACCGACCCUCCCGCCGUGGGCGCGCAAGCUGCUCCUGCCGGUCCGGCGGCCAGAGGCGGACUACGCGCAGCCGUCCGCACGCUACCUACAAUUACUGCGGGACGGGGCGCGCGAGCACGACCUGCCGGCAGCCUACCAGGCGCACCUUGGCGCGAUGGCGGCGUACGCGCCGACGACGGGGCGGCAGCGGCUGGGUCGGCUGCUAUUCCUGGGGUUCUGGAUGCCGUUCGUGCUGAUUUUGGUAGAGGCCGGCCGCGUGCUGGCCGACGACGGCGGGCGCGUUCCCGGCUGGCUCGCCGCCACGUCGGCUGUGUUGUUCAAUCUUGUGUGGAUUAGUUAUGAUGCUGUUGGGAAGCCGCUGUUUCUUGACGGUGAGAGGACGCUACCCGAGGAUGAGGAAGGCCAACGGCGGGCUGCUGUGGGUGAGAGGAGGCCGUGGCUCGCGCGAGGUCGGGGAGGGAUCGUUGAUGAGGAAAAGGUACACUUGCUGGAAUGACUGGAGCUGGAAACAAGGUGGCGGCCAAUUUGAUAUAUUUCCUUAGGAGUUUUAUUACAGGAAGUUUGGGUUUGGGGUACAUGCUUUUGAGCUCUGGGUUCUGGGUAUCACGGCUCUGUAUCACGUCGCUCCUCGCACCAAAUUGAACAUUUGUAAAACUCAA